AUGGAAGUGGGAGGUCGCUGUAGAGCUCUUUUGAUUUGGCCUCCUGGUAUGAACUAUCCAUCAUUCUCUGUCAACCAGAGUAUUCUAGACGCUGUCAGACCCAGACUGAAAGAUUUUCACCAGCUUUUACUCGAGCCCCCAAAGAAAACAGUCUUGAACACCACGUGGGGGGUCUUGGAUCCACCGGUUGGGAACACUCGCCUCAAUGUGGUGCGACUAGUGACCAGCCUACUGCAGACCAACACUCAUAUCAUCAACCAGGAGCUAAUAGCCCUCAACACUCUAGGAGUCAUACUAGAUAUGUACUUCAAAUAUUUAUGGAAUAAUUUUCUACACACACAAGUAGAAAUCUGUACGGCGAUGAUAUUAGCGAUGCCUUCAACCCAAAGUGAAUCUCUGGAAAUUAACAGAGAAAAUGACCAAGAACCCAUAAGAGAAAAUAUCCUUAUCAAACAUCUCUUUCAGAAGUGCCAGUUAAUACAAAGAAUCCUUGAUGCCUGGGGAUCAAACGAGAAAGAACAGGCCGAGGGUGGCCGACGGAGAGGUUACAUGGGUCACCUGACCAGAAUAGCAAACUCUGUAGUCCACAACAGUGACAAGGGUCCAAAUGGAGCACAAAUUCAGCAGCUCAUCUCAGAGCUUCCAGAAGAGGACAGAGAACGAUGGGAAGCCUUCACUUCAGGACAGCUAGCAGAUACAAACAAGAAAAACACUGUAGACUUAGUUAGCACACACCACAUACACUCAUCUAGUGAUGAUGAGGUAGAUUUCAAAGACAGCGGGUUCCACCAGGACUCCUCCUUACAGCAAGCCUUUUCUGAUUAUCAGAUGCAACAAAUGACGUCCAAUUUUAUUGAGCAGUUUGGCUUCAAUGACGAAGAGUUUGCAGAUCAGGAGGAUGUCGGGGAUAUUCCCUUUGAUAGAAUAUCAGACAUCAAUUUUUCCUUGAAUACAAAUGAAAGUGCAAACGUGGCACUCUUUGAGGCCUGCUGUAAAGAGAAGAUACAACAGUUUGAAGAUGCUGGGUCUGAUGAGGAAGAUAUUUGGGAUGAGAAGGAUGUCACGUUCGCCCCGGAAGCUCAGAGGCGCCCCAGGAGCUCAGGUAGUACAGACAGCGAGGAGAGCACAGACUCUGAGGAGGAGGAUGGGAAACGAGACUCUUUUGAGUCCACGAACGUCACAUCUGAUGACAGAAUGGAAGUGGACACUGGGGAUGGUCCAGUGUGGACGGCAAAUUUUGAUGACAUACCCAUGGAUACAGGCAGCUCCACGGCCCUCAGCGUGCCUGUGUCUGCCUCCAUGGCUGCGGUGCCUAACCCGACAGGAUGGAGCUCUCCAAACUCACGUGCAGAGACAUGUUGGGCUGACUUCUCCAGCUUCACACCUGUCAGCCCCAAGGAUCCUUUGAGGAGCAAUUCCCCUGUAGCCAUGGAGACCAGUAUAGAAACGGUGGACCCUUUGGGAGUCAAUGCGCCCAUACAGCAUGAAAACUCAGAUCAGUGGCAUCCCAACGAGACCGGGCCGACUUCCCCUAGAGGGAAGGUAGGGGCCAACUCAGACCCUGAGGAGGAGCCUGUAAGUGACCGCAUAACCGAAACGGUCACAAAUGGCUCCAUGAAAGAGACAGUCAGUCUUACUGUAGACGCCAAAACUGAAACUGCUGUUUUCAAAAGAGUGUUGAAAUCGUAUCGCGAGGAAGAGAAACAAUCUACUUCUGAAGACGCAUCUGCAAAGUUGUUUGUUGCAGAAAGUGGAGAACCGGAGAAGAGCAAUUGUCCUAGCAACUGUCAGAAACCAGGUCUAAAGCACUUAGAAGAGAAAGCAAAAGCCACUUGCGAAGCUCUAAACGGUCCCCUUGAGGACUCUGCUGCCAUUGACGAAGCCAAAUCAGAGAAGCGCACCGCAACACCAGAGGCAGCAGUGAACGGUCCAGCAUGAUGAGAGUAGCGCUGUCAGUCAGCUCCUCUCAUGCACACAACCCCUCCUCCCAGGACCACUCGGAGAGGCCAGUGCCAGCCUGGAGCCCCCUAGAAGAACCACCACCGCUGCUGUUGCUGUCUCUAACUCCAGCACUGCACUGACGCCACCAGAUCAGGACCAGCAAUAUUCAUAUUAGACCGUUGUACAGAAAGUUUGAACUGUAUGAAGAGAAACGUACUCUAAUUUUUUUUUUUCUUCUUCAUUUGUUUAUAUACUAUUGUUCUUAAAAGGUGAUCUGUCUGACAUCUUGCCACUUAAAAGUGAAUGGUAAUGUUGCUAUAGUUAAAAAUGAUUGUAUGAAUAAAAAAAAAUAUUUUAUAAAAAGACAAAUGUAUACACAAACACAGAGGAUUGAUUAACCGAAAUAUACCGAUUGGAACAUUAGUGUGACCAAAACAGCUGUCUUUUUGAAAGGUUUUUCCUCUUGCACAUCAUAAAUCUGGUAUUUAAUUUCCACGUAAAAGUAACGGCUACCACAGAAAUCUUAAAUUGGCAACCUAUGUUGGUCUGUUUUAUUCUUUAGCUUAUUAUUAGGGGAAACUGAUUUUAAAUAUUCAGAAAUGUAUGGUUUAUUUUGCCACAGGUAUUAUUUGUAAAUGUUUCUUGUAUCAACAUGAGCAAGAUUUGGAUAAAAAAAAAUUGCUCUUUGGUAUAGUUUUAACUUAAUUUAUUCUUAAAGAGAAUGAUAUGUUACUAAGAGCCCUACACGCCUCCCCUCUUGGCAAAAUUUAAAUCUGGAGUAAACAAACAGAUGGGUCUCCAUUUGCAUGUAGCUAGUAAGAGUGAUUCGUACCUGUGGGCUUGUAUGAAAUGAGGCCCAACUUUUAUAACUGUUUUCGUCUCCACACAAGUCAACCUUUCUACCUGAAAAGUGAUGGGAAUGUAACAUAUUCCUAGUAAUGCUACAAUGAUACUGCAUCAACUUUUUUUUCUUUUGUAAUAAAACGCUAUCUGUGCCAGCAAUUAUGGGAAGUAAUAUGUUCUU